GAGGGCCUACGAGACCCACCGGGCGGUGGACCGGGCGCGCGCGUCGACGGCACGCCCGCUGGCGGGCGGCUCCGUCGCGGACCUCGGGCGGGCCGCGGACGAGGCGCCGGAGGAGGCGGGCCUGCUCCCUGGCGCCGGGGAGCUCGACUCGUGGGGCGCGGACGGGCGCCGGCUGUCGGCGAAGAUCGCCGCGCAG